AUGGGCUCGGUUCGACCAGGGAACUACGCCUGUCAGGCCACACCCUGGUGGCACUGCACCCUCCUGUGCGUCCUCCUCGCCGUCGCCUACGGACCGCUGCCCGUCCUGGCCGCCGGGGAGUGGCUCGCGAAGGGCAACGAGGCGCUGGGCGGGGGCCGGCUGCGCGAAGCGAUCGAGUUCUUCACGAUGGAGAUCAAGCAGCACCCCGACAACGCCCUGCCGUACGUCAAGCGCGCCGCGGCCCACGAAAAGCUCCGGAAGAAGCAGGACGCCAUUCGAGACCUGGAGACGGCGGCGCAGCUGGACCCGUCGUCGACGUCGACGCUGAUCAAGAAGGCGCGCUUGUAUAGGGACGCGUGCCGGUUCGAUGACGCGACGGUGGACCUGAACAGCGUGCUGCAGAAGCGCCCCGAGCACAAGGCGGCGACGAAGGAGCUCGAGCAGGUCAGGGAGGCGCAGACGCUGCUGGGGGAGGUGAAGGAGAUGGUCCACGUCAAGGGGGCGCGGGAGGACAUAGUGUCGCAGAUGAUAGACCGGGUGCUGGCGGUGGCGCCCGAGUGCACCGAGGCGCGGCUGCUCGGGCUGCGGGGCCUCGUGGCGCGUGGGGACCACGAGCGUGUGCUGGCGGAGACCACGCAGCUGCUGAUGGCGGGCGGCGGGGGCGCGGCGGGGGCGGGGUCGCUGGGCGCGGCGGACCUGGACCUGCUCGUGAUGCGCGGGCAGGCGUUCUGGCACACGGGCGAGACGGAGUCGGCGAUCCAGCACUUCCAAAAGGUGCUGCGCGCCGACCCAGAGCACCGCUCCGCGAAGGACGCCUACCGCACCGCCCGCGCGUUCACCAAGCAGCGCACCGCCGCGGAGGCCGCGGAGCGCGACGCCCGCUGGGACGACGCCAUCAAGGCCUGGUCGCGGCUCGAGGAGAGCACGCGCGACGGCAGCUACCCGGAGGGGCGCAAGGUGGUCCUCACGGGCCUGUGCCGCGCACUCACGCACGCGCGGCAGCCGGGCGCCGGCGCGCGGCGCUGCCAGGAGGCCCGGGAGCUCGACGCGGGGUACACGCCCGCGAUCGUGGCGCACGUGCGGGCGCUGAUCGCGUCCGAGGAGUACGACGCGGCGGUGCGGGAGGCCAACGCAGCGGCGCAGGCCGAGGGCGCGGACGCGGAGAUGCAGGAGCUGCUGCGGGAGGCGCAGGCGGCGCUGCGGCGGAGCAAGGUGAAGGACUACUUCGGGAUCCUGGGCCUCUCGCGCGCGGCGCAGCCGUCGGACAGGGAGAUCAAGCGGGCGUACCGCGCCCUGUCGCUCAAGUUCCACCCCGACAAGCAGGUCGGGAAGAGCGAGGCGGAGUCGGAGGAGGCGGAGCGGCGGUUCCGGGAGCUCACGGAGGCGUACGAGGUGCUGACGGACCCUGAGAAGCGCGCCAAGUACGACCAGGGGAUUGACCCGAAUGACCAGAGCCAGGGCGGGGGCGGCGGGCAGCACCGCCACCCCUUCCAGCACGGGAGCCCGUUCGGGUUCGGCGGCGGGCCCUUCACGUUCCACUUCCGCGCCGGAUGA